GGACAACUCAAAGCUGCUCGAACUCCAAGCAAAUUAAUAACACACAGAGAAAGAAGAAAACAUAGCUUAGGAUCUGGAGUCGUGCAGAGCAGUGUGAUUAGCGGGAGAGUCACAUUUUCUCUGCCAAAGUUAGGAACAGCUUGGGUUUUGAAUCAUUUGCAGGCAAAAAGGACGCAUUUACUUGUGAGGCUGGUCUCACCAAGAAAAAGAAUAUUUACCGACAAGGAGAGGACAACACCCACUCACACCACCCCAAUUAAAGAAAAACUCCAAACUUAUAAACAGGUCCGUUGAAGUAAAAGGGCUACGAGCUUCAGUAGCAGAGAGCUGUGAUGAUGUCAUAAUUUAUUUUUGAUUUGAAACAACAGAGAAAAGUUUACUGAAGACAAGAAAAAGAAAAUGGGACGGCUGGCUAAACUCCUGGUAUUGCAUCUCCUGAUUUUAAAAGUGAAAUUUGCUGCUACCUACACUAAUGUUCCUGCAAAUGCAAUGAACCCUGAUAGCGUUGUGGUGGCAUACCAAAACAUAUCUGCUCCCACUGGGUCAGAAGUGAUAUUGCAGUGCUACAGUCAACGAAUAGUUUGGACCCAGGAUCGUUUGAAUGACCGGCAACGUGUGGCUCAUUGGGACUGGUUCUCAAUCAAUGGUGAAUACAAAGUCGACCGUGUGCUUGAUAUGUUCUCAGCAGGGGACCAGCGACUCUAUAAUAGCUACAACCAAGGGAGAGUACUGAUGUCAACUUCUGCGUUCUCCACUGGAAACUUCUCUUUAGUGAUAAAGGAUGUCAGAAUAAAUGAUAGAGGGAUUUACUCCUGCAAUCUUCACCACCAUUAUUGUCAUCUUUACGAAACAGUCAAAAUACAACUUAAUAUCACCAGAUCAGCAAAAAAGGUGAGGAAACUGUGGGAUGGAGAGAAGAUUGUGAUUGUGGCUUUAGUUGGUUCAACUGUGGUCCUGCCUUGUGAAAAUCACAACCAUAUUUGGACGGAAAGACAUAGCGAAGAGGAGCAACAGGUGGUCCAUUGGGAUAGAUCACCUCCUGGUGUUUGGCAUGACCAGGCUGACCGUCUGAUUGACCUCUAUGCUUCUGGGGAACAGCGAUCUUAUGGUCCUCAGUUUAUCAGGAAACGGAUGAAUAUAUCAGACACCGCUUUUGCUGAUGGUGACUUUUCACUGACAAUCUCUAACCUUAGCUUGGGUGAUGAAGGAAUCUAUUCAUGCGAUUUGCACCACCAUUAUUGUGGAAUUCAUGAGAGACGCAUCUUCAAUCUCUUCAUUACAGAUCCAGUCAAAGUGAACUUUACACAAAAAACAUCAGCUACAUCAGUUGAAGUCCCAAAAGUCGUCAAUGUUUUUAUUCCAGAGCAUUCUUCACAUUUCCUUCAUCAGUUUGGAUACAUCCUGGCAAUGCUACUGUUAUUGGCUAUUCUGAUAACCAUCAUUGCCCUGAUUACCCAUCGACAAAGAAAAAGAGGUCUCCAUUACAAUGUGAAGACAUCUCAACCAAGAACAGAUGUUACUCUCAACGAUUUUGUGAUUGACACAACUGACCUGAGACUGAAUAAAAAUGACAGAAUGAGACCAGCAGACUACAAGAACAACAUACUAAAGGAAAAGGCUGCAAUGUCCCAACAGAAAGUGGAACUGCUCAGGGAUAUCCCCCCAAAGAACUUAGAUAGAGAUUUUGAGAAGCAAUAUUGGAAAUAAGGAGAAUGAUGCUGCUGGCUGGAUCCAGAAGCUGAUCAGUGAAGGGUCUAUAUGAGAAAAUCAGUUGCCUUUUAUUAAUAUCUUUCAAUAAUACAGCGCUUAAUAAACAUAUACAUAUCAGUGGUAUUGUCACAAACAUAUCUCAGAUUGAUGCAGCAAAUUUUGCAGAACUACAACCUCAGACUGUCUUAUUGGGAACCUUCAUUUAUCUGACAUGUCUGUCAUUCCUUGAUAAGGGGACAGGCACCAGUAGCAAUAUGCAGAAGCAUCAUUAGUCAGAGCGGAUCAAUGAAUUUCAUGACUGGCUGUAGAUUAUCACAUGAUGUUAGCUGCAGAGUGGGUGGAGAUUCUAGGAAUGCAAGAAUGCAAGGGUAAGUGCAACUCCUUUAAAAGUAAUUGGCUAUGGUGUUACUCAAAGGAAUGACCAUCAAAAUUCAAUGAAACAUAACUUGUAAAACAAGGCUGCAUAAAAACUUCCAAUUACUUUCCAGCCAAGACCAACAAGAAAACUGAGCAAUUUGACAGCUUGAAACUAACAUCAUUGUGGAUCACGAGUCCUGUCAUCUGUCUGCAACUGCAAUUCAUCAGCUUUGUUUACCAUCUCCAAUUUCACAAUGUCUCUCCUUCCAGCUCCAAUCUGAAUUGUCUCCUUUUCUUCAAUAUGCUAUCUAUAGUUCCUCAAUUUCUGUCCUUCCACCUCCAGUUCCCCACUGUUAUUCCUCCAAUUCCUGUAUGUCAUCCCAUCUAAACUCUAGACUCACAGUUUAUCUAUCCCUCCAUCUCUAACCCCUUAGCCCAUAUCCCUCAAUCUGCAAUCCUCAGUUUGUUUUGUCUUGCUGUCCCUAUUCCCAUAAAUAUAACUUCCUGUGUCUCUAAUCCUUCGAUCCUCUAGCUAUCCUCUGUAGCACUUUAUAUCUUCAGUCCCAUAUGGUUAAUCUUCCAGUUUGUCUGUCAUUGUGUUCCUUCUGCUAUUCCCAACUCCUCUUGACCAGCAGUUUACCUUUAUAAAGGUGAAUUGUGUCUUAGGAGUUAGAAUUCAAUGAACAAGUCUAGGAAGUGAAGAUUUCCAUUGAUAUUCUGUGAAUAAUUUAUAAUACAUGCUGCAUGAAACAACUACAACCCAAAGUAAUUCAAAACUGCAACAAUUUUGUUAACCAACACACAGAGAACAGCAAUUAUUCUAAACAGUGAUGUUAUACAAGCUUAUCAAAUAUGUGACAAUUGUUCAAUCUAUUUGUCUUUUUUAAUAAAACGCUGCAAUUUCAAAAGUCA